AUAGAGACGGGAGUGGGGAGAGGGGUUAGAAAACCGGCCGCGCUGUACCUGCGGGCGGAGGAGAAGAGACUGCCGGGGAUCUUCUUCUCGUUUAGUAGCGGCGGGCGCCGUCGCGGAAGCUGGCAGCAUGAAUGUUGGAGUAGCCCACAGUGAGAUGAAUCCCAACACACGGGUGAUGAACAGCCGAGGCAUUUGGUUAGCUUACAGCAUUUCUGUGGCUGUGCUCCAUAUCAUCUUUCUUAGCAUUCCCUUCUUCAGUGUCCCCGUGGUCUGGACUCUAACUAAUGUUAUCCAUAACCUGGUGAUGUAUUGGUUUCUCCAUACAGUGAAAGGAACUCCCUUCGAAACAUCUGAUCAGGGCAAGGAUCGCCUACUCACACACUGGGAGCAGAUUGACUAUGGCACACAAUGGACAUCCUCCCGCAAAUUCUUAAGCAUUUCCCCAAUCGUCCUCUACAUUUUAACCAGCUUUUAUACAAAAUACGACCCUGUGCACUUCAUAAUCAACACCUCUUCGCUCCUGAGCGUCCUCUUGCCCAAACUACCCCUAUUCCACGGCGUCCGUCUCUUUGGUAUCAACCGGUACUGAAGCAGAAGGAAUCUUGGCAUUGCUGAGACGUUAAUUCUUCCAAAGAAAAACUAGUUCCAAGAAAGUGUGGGCAAAGCUGUGGUUGCAUCACUCCGGACUCUCUGGAACCAGGUUUCACUGGGCGAGGAAGGGCGAGCUGCCACUGCUCAAAUGCCUGGGCAGUAUGGAGCGUCCUUCGGUGUUUCUGGCAAGGAAAUCCAAGCCAUUUUUCUUGCGGCUAGUCUACACUAGGGGUGGAAUUCUCUGGUGGAAUGAAACAAUAGUUGAAUUGUCAUGUGAACAUGAGUUCUCUAGCUCUCCUGUGUAAAACUCCUGCUUUUGCUAUUUGUAGUGGGGGACUGAAAUCCCUUUCUGGAAGGGAUCUUGAGACCACCUUUCUUUGGUUUGAAAACGUCUCUUUUUCAAAUGUGGUUGUGCUGCUAAAUUUAUAGAGUUUCCCCACUCAGGAAAAUGAAUUAGAACUGUAAGUAUGUGACAGGUCUCAUGCCUACGGUUCUAAGCUGUGCAAAUACUAUAUUUUGUAAAUACUUGCAUGGUAGGAACAUAUUAGCAUAACUUUGUUCAUUCCAGUUGAAUGCAAAGUAUAGAGUACACCCCCUUGCACUGUCCCUCUGCUCCCUUCCCCCCCCCCUUUAAAAUAGGUCUUCUGGUUAGAAAGGAAAAAUGUAACGCAACAUUGAAGUUGGAAGAUGCAAAUUAAAUUAUUAGAACAGUCAGUGUUCUGCACUGCUUUUGUUCUUUUAUCAGCCCUGCUUAUACCAGCCCCAUGAAAUUGUCAACAUUAAAAGCUAAAAAGAUAAUGACACGUGCAGAUGACUUAUUCAAUCUGUGUAUGAACCUUGUUUGUUGUUAGUUUCUAUCAUAGUUCCCCAGCUUGUAAAAAAAAAAAAGUCCUUAUUUUUUUAUAGGGCAGACAUCUCUAACCUGCUUGUUGACAAGCUACAGGAAUCUCAUUUCUUGUGAGGCUUCUUCACACAUCUGUGACAGUGAUCCAGUGAAAGUGAUCUGUGAAAGUGAUCCAAUGUUACCUUGAGGGGAUUGGUUUGAAGUACAAGAUGAGCGCUCUAUUUACUUGGACAGUAUUACAAAUAGCCAUCUAUUCUAGAGCAAGAAAGACGGUCAAAAUAAACGAAAGCUUAUAGUUAUUAGCAAACACUUUAUAGCUAUUUUUUUCUGAUCAAAAUUUUGUACUAAAUAUUAAAAUGGUGGUUUUAAAUUGGCUUCAAAAAUCCACAAGGGACCGUACUCUCUGUCAGACCUUACCAUUAACUAUGGAGAUAGCCGAUAAAAGUGUAAGACUAAAAACACCCAACGGGGCUACAAGUCUAAGAACUAGGUGUGCUACUAUUAUGUUAUGGUAAUAUAAAAAGGUAAACGCAUACUUGAACUCACACCAUAGAGACUAGAUUAGUUCCAAGCUCCCCAACUCAAGCUAUGCAGGGAUAUUGGUUUGUAUUUAUU